AAGUAUCACUGUGUAACUAUGGAGUACAGAUAUGAUUGAACAGAUAAGCACUCAAACACGAAAAGAAAGGAUUCCGUGGUCGGGAUGAGGCCCCUUUGUACCGAAAAAUCCAUGUCAUGAACUUUCCCCCUCGGGAGUAUAUAAAUGCCACGAUUCCUCGUCGCGCUUCCCAUGCUCCGAUUUCAGAAUCACCUUCUUCGUCGCUCGACACACUGGAGGAGAACCAUGUCUUUCCCUUAUCCCACCAUCACCGUGGAAGAGCACUGGCUUUCGCCGGCCGUCACGGAGUUUUAUGCCGCAAAAAAGGCACCAGAUCCACACGAUGAGAAGGGCCUCAUUGGGACGAUCAUCCCGUCGCUCAGGGAUUUUCGAGACCAGAGAUUCAAGUCGAUGAACGACCAUGGUGUCACGGUCCAAGUCGUCAGUCACGCGCCCAACACCAUCGCGUUGGACGCCGCGACGUGUAUUAAGGUGAACGAUGAGCUGGCCGCCCUGAUCAAGGAGAGACCGACCCGCUUCGCCGGGUUCGCGACCCUACCCAUGGCGGAACCCGAGGCCGCGAGCGCGGAGUUGCGUCGCUGUGUGCAAGAUCUGGGCUUCGUCGGUACUUUAGUCGACAGUAACUGCGAAGGACGAUUCUACGACGACGAAUUCUUCUGGCCGGUCUUCAAGGCGGCCGAAGAACUCGACGUCCCUUUCUACCUCCACCCGAGUGCCAACGAGCACACCAAGCCGUUGUUGUACGACGGAAACUACCCUUCCACGGUGGCAGAAACCCUGAGUCAGUACGGAUGGGGGUGGCACAAUGAGACGGCCAUCCAUUUCUUGCGCCUCUACGCCGCGGGUGUGUUUGACCGAUUCCCAAAACUCCAACUCAUGCUGGGCCACUUGGGGGAGAUGGUCCCCUUUAUGCUUGACCGGGUCGACAGAAUCUCGUCUCACUGGCCGCAGCUCGGGGUCAAGCUCAAAAGGUCUCUCCGUCAGAUCUGGGACGAGAAUGUCUGGGUGUCGACUUCGGGCAUGUUCUACCUCCCGCAGAUGGAGCUCGUAUUGAAACAGUGCAAACCCGAAAGGAUCAUCUACAGUGUCGACUACCCCUUUGGACACAACGACGUUGGCCUGGACUUUUUGAAGAUGCUAAAGUCCAAGAAGGUGGUGACCGAUGAAGUGUUGGAGGGCAUUGCGUACAAGAAUGCAGAGAGAUUACUCAAAAUCAAAGCGAGGGUGGAAUGACGCUGAAGACCCAGACGAUGCCCAGUGGAAAGAACCAUGUUGAACUGUAUAAUACCUUAGCCAUAUGACCUAGAAUGUCC